CCCACAGCCGCGGGAUUCAAACUCCCGGAAACCGAGCGGCGUCCGCACCGAAGGGUGUGACUGAGCGGACGGAGCGGCUCGGCGCUGAGCCUCAGGAGCCUCCUGGCUGCGGGCAGACGACCCCCCGAGAGGUGGCGAGAAGCUGCCAGAGCUCGCGGCCCCGGUUCCGGGCCGGACCGCGACAGACGAUCGGAUCCCACUUGGGCUGCUCGCUUCCGCCUGGCCUGGAUCACUGCCCGUCCCGGCCUAUGUCCGCCUUUCCGGCCGCUUUCCACGAGCCUGGCACCGGGCUGCGCCCGGCGGGGCUGCCGUAGUCUUUGCGGAAAUUCUGGAGAUGUCUUCCAAAUGCCCCAAAGAUUUACUUAAAUGUAAAUGGGGACUAAAGCCUGGUAAUUCCAAAUCAGAAACUACACUAGGAAAAUUGAGAGACAUUUCAGCAUUAAAAGCAUCAAUGGAUGAAAUCACACUUGGAAAAGGCAAGCUCAAUGAUAAAGAGAGACACAAACUCUUAGAGAAAAUUCGAGUCCUUGAAGCUGAAAGGGAGAAGAAUGUUUAUCACCUCGCAGAGAAGGACAAGGAAAUACAGCGACUCAGAGACCAGCUGAAGACCAAACACAGUGCCACUACAUUACUUGAACAGCUGGAGGAAAAAACAAAGGAAGGUGAACGUAGAGAGCAGCUGUUGAAAUCCUUGUCUGAAGAAACAGAUGUGCUGAAAAAACAGUUGUCUGCUACAACUGCAAAACUUGCUGAACUUGAAGGCAAAGCCAGUACACUUCGUUUAUCACAGACUGUGACUACAAGUUGCUUCAACUCCUCUAUGAAUAAUAUUCAUGAAAUGGAAAUACAGCUGAAAGAUGCGCUGGAGAAAAAUCAGCAGUGGCUUGUGUACGAUCAGCAGCGAGAGUCCUAUGUGAAAGGACUUUUAGCAAAGAUCUUUGACUUGGAACAGAAAUCAGAAGCAGCUGCUAAUUCACUCCCACAACAGACAAAGAAGACAGAAUCAGAAGCUCAUCUUCAAGAAGAAAAGCAAAAAUAUUAUAACCAUCUCUUAGCAAAUGCAAAAAAUGACCUGGAGGUUGAACGCCAAACUGUAACUCAGUUGACUUUUGAACUUAGUGAAUUUCGAAGAAAAUAUGAAGAAACCCAAAAAGAAGUUCAAGAUCUAAAUCAGCUGUUGUGUUCCCAAAGAAAAGCAGAUGUACAGCAUCUGGAAGAUGAUAGACAUAAAACAGAGAAAAUACAAAGACUCAAAGAAGAGAAUGAUAUUGCCAGGGAAAAGCUUGAAGAAGAGAAAAAGAGAUCUGAAGAGCUCUUAUCUCAGGUCCAGUUUCUUUACACAUCUCUGUUAAAGCAACAAGAAGAACAAACCAGGGUAGCUCUGUUGGAACAACAGAUGCAGGCAUGUACUUUAGACUUUGAAAAUGAAAAACUUGACCGUCAAAAUAUGCAGCAUCAAUUGCAUGUAAUUCUUAAGGAGCUCCGGAAAGCAAGAAAUCAAAUAACACAAUUGGAAUCCUUGAAGCAGCUUCAGAAUUUUGCCUUCACAGAACCAUUAGUCACUUUCCAAGGACAGACUGAAAACAGAGUAAAAGUUGCCUCACCAAAAAGUCCUACUGCGGCACUGAACGAGAGCCUGGUAGAAUGUCCAAAGUGCAAUAUCCAGUAUCCAGCCACUGAACAUCGAGAUCUCCUUGUCCAUGUGGAAUACUGUUCAAAGUAGCAAGAUAACUGUUCUUCGUUUAAUGUCAAAAGAUUUGAUACUGUAUCUUAUAAGUAGCUUAUGGGCAUUUUGAAUUAUUUCACCUUUAAGAAACUAUCUACCUUUGAGACUCCGGCAUAGAAGUCAAUCAUUUUAUUUAUUUUUUUUAAUUUUAAAUUGGCUGCUUUGCAUUUCUUUGGCACUGAUUAUUCCCUGAAACGGUUCAUUUGCAGGGUUGACUGACAGAAUAUGGUGAGCAGUGAGCGCUGAGAUAACUGACAUUUUGCACUGUUAAAGUACUUGAUAAUUCAGAUUAUUGCUUCUAGAUUAUAUGUUGCAUCAAAAAACGGUUUAUGUUUUGUGGGUUUUAAGAAAUCAAACAAAGGAUCCUGUUUCCAUAUUUUUGUCCAAGUCUUACAAAUCUACAAUUUCAGUGCUAAUGUCCAUUGUUGGAAUAUGAUGAUACUUCUUUCAUUUUGUUCCUUGCAAUUACAGAGCAGUUGUUAGAAAAGUUAGGAAUUUUGGGGAUCUUUGUUUCUGCUUACUGUUGAAGUUGUAAUUGUAGCUCUGUUCUAAGCACAGAGCGAAUUCUGCUUAAGGGGUAUGCUUUUAAGUUACAACACACAAUGUUUUCAAUAAGUGACUUUUAACUUGAAUUUCAUUAGCAUAUUUUGAUCAGCUAAAAUUGUUAAAAAAUAUGUGCCAACAAAACCACCUAGCCCAUUCAGUUGUUUUGCAGGUUAUCUUAUUUAUUUACUUUUGAUGCUUUUAAAGCUGGGCAAUAUAGCAAGAAGAUUGUUUAUCCAAGUAUAUAUUUUUAUAUGUUCAUGUGUAAACAAACAAACACCCCAACUAUUUCUUCACAUUUUCUAAAAUGCUUAACACUGGGCUAUUGUUAGUAAUAUAAAGGAGAAAAUAAUAAAAUUAUUUAAGAACUUUUUAA